AUACCCCUUUUUGGUGUAGAAUUAUUAUAGUUUAAGGCUAGUUCUUAAGACUUUUAAUACAAAAUGGACAAAGCGGAGAAACCCUCAAGACUUUCGGACAACUUCCUGUACAUGUUGGAGUUUGUGAUAGAUGAUCUCCUGAUUACGCGGCCCAAUCUCUGUGCUCCGGAGGAGUAUCCCACCUGCACGGAGAUCACCUUUCGAUCGAUCUUCCUGAACAUUCGCGAUAGGGAGAAUGGGGAGUGUGUUAACCCAUGUUCGCCCAAGUGCGGAAAGUGCACUUUGUUUACUUUAGAUUCUCCCAUUACCGACGAGGAUGUAAUGCAUAUUCAGGUCUAUAAGAAAAGGACGGAGGAUUGCAAGUUCCUGCUGGGAUUAGCAGAACUCCCGAUGAAGCCAAUCUUUGAUAGGGUGAAGAAAGAAUUUGAUUUCCGGAAUAUAAACUGGGAGGAGAACGUGAUGACGCACGUUUCGGGAUUGCCCAAGAUCAGGGGUCCUUGCAAAAGGAUCAAUGCCUGUGUUACCUGCUACGAGAAACACAGGGAGCGCCGCGAACAAUGGUGUCCCACAUCGGAGCUGACCAAGCGGAUGCUGCCCCUGUUCAAUCUCUGCAAGAUGCAGACUGGGAAUAUAGUUUUGAUCCUGCGACUGGUGUGCAAUGGUCCUUCGGUUGUGACUUCUUUUCCUGUUCAACUUCCCAAAUGCAAGGAUCCCUGCUGCACUGGAUGCUGUUCUGGUUGCUGUCCUCCCGAACCAAUUUGGCCUGCUCCUUGUCCCUCGCCCUUUGAUCCCUGUGAUCCUUGCAAAUCCAUAAAGAAUACGAAGAAGAAGGCGUAGGAAACUGGGAGCUAUUGCAAGGGAUUUCUGUUCAUCUAGUAAUCUUGAGGUAUUCAUGUUCGUCGAGGAAGCCCGCUGAUUUAAUAAGAUAUUAGUGAUAUAUCACCUAUAACAAUUUAUAAAAAUAAAUAAAAUACUUUAUAAUUUUCUACAUCAA